UCCUGCCGUGUGCGCCUGCGCGGCCAGACGUGGCAGCCGUGUGAUGGCUCCUGCCGGGCUCUGCUGGGAAAAGAAAAGAAUGCUGCUGCUCCACGUCCUGAUCGUCUUCCCAUCCAUCCUCCUGGCGCUAAAAAUCUCUCCGCUCAUCGAAAAAGUCAGCGACCACAAGGACUUUAAGAAGCUGCUGCGCACUCGCAAUAACGUGCUGGUUCUGUACUCCAAAACAGCCAAGGCUGCUGAGCGUCAGCUGAAGCUGCUGUCGGAUGCGGCGCAGGAUGUGCGGGGCAGAGCUACCAUAUCAUGGAUUGACUGCGGUGACUCCGAGAGCAGGAAACUGUGUAAGAAGAUGAAAGUGGACCCCGGCGCGAAGACUGGAGGCGCCGAGCUGCUGCACUACAAGGAUGGGACGUUCCACACAGAGUACAACAGACCGCUCACACACAAGUCCAUGGUGGCUUUUCUGAAAGAUCCAGAGGGGGCGCCGCUGUGGGAGGAGAACCCUGACGCCAAAGACGUUGUCCAUAUUGACAGUGAGAAGGAUUUCCGGAAGCUUCUGAAGAAGGAAGAUCGCCCCCUGCUGGUGAUGUUUUACGCCCCAUGGUGUGGUGUGUGUAAGAGGUUGAUGCCAGCGUACCAACAGGCGGCCACCGAGCUAAAGGGCACCUAUGUUUUAGCGGGAAUGAACGUCUUCCCUCCCGAGUUUGAAAGACUGAAGGAAGAGUACAGCGUAAAGGGCUACCCCACCGUUCCGUAUUUUGAGAAAGGAAAGUACAAGUUCAACUUUGAGAAGUACGGAGCAACUGCCAAAGACAUUGCAGACUGGCUUAAAAACCCUCAGGCUCCGGCGCCUGAACAGCCCGAAGUGCCUUGGUCGGAGCAGGAAGGCGCCGUCCAUCACCUGACUGACGCCGGCUUUGAUGAGUUUAUCCAGGAUCACCCGUCGGCGCUCGUCAUGUUCUACGCUCCAUGGUGCGGACAUUGCAAGAAGAUGAAACCGGAUUAUGAAAAGGCGGCCGAAGUUCUGCAAAAAGAAAGUGGCCCCGGUGUCUUGGCGGCCGUGGACGCCACCAUCCACAGAUCUCUGGCAGAGAGGUUCCACGUCUCUGGCUUCCCGACCUUGAAGUAUUUUGAGGACGGUGAGGAGAAGUACACGGUGCCACACCUGCGCACCGACCAGAAGAUCCUGGAGUUCAUGCGCAGCCCCGAAGCCCCGCCUCCUCCAGAACCGGCAUGGGAGGACAAGCCAUCGAGCGUGCUCCACCUCCUGGGAGACGACUUCAGAGAGACCCUGAAGAAGAAGAAGCACGCGCUCGUCAUGUUCUACGCACCUUGGUGUCCUCACUGCAAAAACUCAAUUCCUGAUUUUAUGAACGCAGCGGAGGAAUUCAAAGAAGACCGGAAGAUCGCAUACGCUGCUGUUGACUGCACCAAAGAGAAGAACCAGGCUCUGUGUAAGCAGGAGGGAGUGGAGGGCUUCCCCACCUACGUCUACUACAACUACGGCAAAUUCACGGAGAAGUACAACGGGGAGCGCUCGGAGUCUGGGUUUGUUUCCUUCAUGCGGUCGCUCAGAGAGAAGGACCACGGCAAACUCGGGAAGAAGAAGGAAGAACUGUAAAGCUAAUCCCUCCAGUGCACUGCAGCUCCCAACCUCCAGGGCCCAGGAGAACCCGUCCUAGUGCACUGUAUGAAGAUCCUGAUGUCCAGUGCACUGUAUGAAGACCCUGUACCCCUGAUGUUCAGUGCACUGUAUGAAGAUCCUGAUGUCCAGUGCACCCCUGAUGUCCAGUGCACUGUAUGAAGACCAUGCACCCCUGAUGUCCAGUGCACUGUAUGAAGACCCUGCACCCCUGAUGUUCAGUGCACUGUAUGAAGACCAUGCACCCCUGAUGUCCAGUGCACUGUAUGAAGACCCUGCACCCCUGAUGUUCAGUGCACUGUAUGAAGACCCUGCACCCCUGAUGUUCAGUGCACUGUACGAAAAUCCUGUACCCCUAAUGUCCUGUGCACUGUAGGAAGAUACAGCACCCCUGAUGUCCAGUGCACUGUAUGAAGACCCUGUACCCCUGAUGUCCAGUGCACUGUAGGAAGACCCUGUACCCCUGAUGUCCAGUGCACUGUAGGAAGACCCUGUACCCCUGAUGUCCAGUGCACUGUAGGAAGACCCUGUACCCCUGAUGUCCAGUGCACUGUAGGAAGACCCUGUACCCCUGAUGUUCAGUGCACUGUAUGAAGACCCUGUACCCCUGAUGUUCAGUGCACUGUGUGAAGACCCUGCACCCUUGAUGUUCAGUGCACUGUAUGAAGACCCUGCACCCUUAAUAUCCAGUGCAGUAACAUGUGCAAUGUGUGAAGACCCUGCUGCACCCAUAAUAUCUAGUGUAUUAUAUGAAGGCAUUGCACCCUCAAUAGUCCAGUGCACUGUAGCAGGGCCCUGCACCUCCGCUGUAAAAAGGCCUUCCCACAUGGAUUCUCCAAGGCCCUGUAUAAUGACCCCCUGAUCUUCAGUGCAUCUUACACAUGCUGCAGUGCACUGUAAGAAGCCAUGUACAUCCAUUCUCCAGUGCACUGUAAUAAGACCUUGGCCUGCUCUCCAGAAGAUGAACCCUGUUCUCCUAACCUUGGACUGGUGCAGUGCUAUCUGUGAAGACCCCAUAUUCUUGUGCAGCAGGCCUUAGUGGGGGUCCAGCAGUGCAUUGGUAAUACUUGCAGCUUCCAGGGCCACCAUCAUUGUGCACCUGGACUAUUCUCCUGGUCUUAGAUACGGGUCUGAUCCAGUGGACUGAGGAAGAAUCCGCAAACCUCUGACCCGAGUGCAGUUAGGCUGCUGCAGAAAGGAGGAUCAACCACUGCUGAGGAGGUUAAAUCUGUACUGCCCAGACCUGGGGGAGAGGUGAAGCCUCCGCAUAGAAAGGAGACCUCUGGUUCCCAGGUGGAGAUGCCCUUUAAGUUGUGUGCACCAUGGUCUCUGUACUCUACCCCAUGACACCAGGUAUCCGAUCACUGAUUUCACCCAGAAUCCUCUGUCACUUUCUGUGCUUCCCCUCGCACAGCCCCUGACAUCGCAGCAAGGUGAAUGGGGCUAGAUGAGAAUGAUCGGGGUUGAUGCUUCUCAUCACCCCCUUUAUUUGAAUGCCGACAAUCUGACCGCAAGGAUUACUUCUUACCGCCAUGAAGGAGGAUCUGCCCUGUCUCCCCAGACCGCACUGUAUUAGGAAUACUUCAUUCUUUAUGUCCCCCUAGUUUAUUUAAAGGGAAAUAUUCUCCAGAUCUGGUUCCUUUUAUAACGUGACAUUUGGUAUCAAAGCCCAAGUAGUACAGUGACCCCCACUGAAUACCGGCACAAGAGCCAAUCAGGAGGCCGAAAAGUAAAUGUUGACUCUAGAGAGAGAUUGCGAAGGCUCCUAGGGGGAGGGGCUUUUGUAAUAAGACAUUUUGCAGCCCUCUGAUUGGUUCUUUGGGAGGAUUUUGUGGGUGCAGCUCCGCCCUCUACUAAAUAAAGCAUACAUGAGAUUUCAGGGGGUUGUCUGACAUAAUUAGAAAUUUUGUCCCUAAAUGUUGUCAAAAAUAGAUUACGUACUCGCCGCCGCCUCCUCCUUCAUCGCCGUUCUCUGCGCCGCCAGUUGUUUGGUUUACAGACUGCAGUAGUGAUGUGCCGGUAUAAUGGCGGUGCAGAGAACGGCCCUGGAGAAAGGGAUGACAGCAGGCGGGAUAUUGGAGAUAUAUCUCAUUAUCUCAGACAGCCCAUCUUGUGUAGGAUUAGGAAAUCAUGGCCACUUUCCUGAACACAGCGCUCCCCUCUUCCACAGGUUGUGUCUGGUAUUGCACCUCAACUCUAUUGAGAGUAGCCACCAUAUUUUCCUAAUUCUGAACAACCACUUUAGGAAACGUAAAGUAACCGUUCCAGGUUAGCGGUUCCCUGUAGGAAAAACUGGGAAAGGAGGACGGAAGAAGGAAAAGGGUUAUGGCACCCCAAAAUAAGAUUAACCGGUCAGUGUGCUGCUGGUCUGGAGGACCCCCCACCUUGUUUGCUGCGGCAGCCUAUGCCCCUCCAUCAGUCCGCUAGUUGCGUGAGAUUUUAGGGUUGUGCUCCGACCUUCCCUCCAUACUGUGAUUAUGCCAAAAAUGGAGAUUAUUUUAUGUUCUGUACUUGCCCCCCCUUCCUUACGCGCCACGUUGUGGGCAGAACUGACUUUCGUUCUGCUGUAGCCCAGCUGUUCGUAGGGAACCUUGCGGAGGCACAAGGUGCACGUCUGUACGGCUCAGACCUCAUGUUGGCAUUGUGCAGCGUGCGCUCCCAUCACAGUGCCACUGCGCCAAUUCCCACUCACUUUACGGAAGUGACAGCUGCAGCUUCCCGGCCACUCCCAUAGGUCGGCUCAGCGCUGCGUUACGGCUCAUACGCAAGGAGAUCAAUGGCUCCUCUUCCAUGGGUGGGUCGCCUUUGUGCCUUAUUUCUAUGAGUGGCUCCUGAUGCAUUGAUGCCGCGUUUCACGAAUAUCAGUUUCACCCACAGACGCGUUUCACGUCACCAGUGAACAUUCCAGAUGCUGUAACCCAAACCAUGGGGUGAGCGUGCAGCCGGUGGACGCCCCAAGACUUUUUUUCUUUUUCUUAGAUUUUUGCUGGACCUCGGUGUUUCCUGCGGCUUCCUCUUGUUCUAUACAUUAAGCUGAGAGGAGGCCGUCAUUGCGUCACUCAGGGACAUGAUAUCAAACGGCGGCGAUUGUGCGACCGUAACCAGAGCGUUUACAUGACUUCCAGAGAAUGUUUUGACUUAGUUAAGCAGGUGGGAAAAAAAGCCAAAAAGAAGCUAUUUUUGUUCUCUUUAUUUUAUGUACACCAAGAUGGUGGUGGGGGAGGGUAACGUGUUCACGGCGGCAGUUUCAUACUGUAUAACGGAAUAAAUGCACCAUAUUUUUUAUAUAAGCGCAGAACUUGUUUACAUUCCUCCUCGGAAAACGUUGCCGCGUCUUCAUGUGUCUUGUAAAGCGCCAGGUUCUGAACGCGUCUCGUUGAUUAUUAUCAUUCUGUGUAUCCGUGAUUUGUUUCAUCUCAGAAAUAAAAACUAUUUUACAGAUAA